GGCGAUUUGUUUCUUUCCCCUCUCUCCUCCCAGGCACCAGCACAAUGUCCAAGGCCACUUUUGCUGCAAUCGCAGCAGCUAGUGCUGCCACCGGUGCCGGUAUCACCGCCCUCUUCUACAACCAAAGCCCCCGUCCCCAACAACAGCAGCAACAAACCACCACAUCCUUACCCAGACCCGGAGCAACUCCCGGAGCCCCCGUCGACCCAGCCGGCAUUCUCCAAUAUGGGUUCCCCGGCCCAAUCUCCGACACCAUCAACGCAGUGCCCCUACACGGCGCCUACGACCGCCGCACGCGCAAUCCCGUCUGGGUAGCCGAACACAUCACUCCGCAGUCCCUCGCGCUGAACAACGCAGACCGCAAACACAGCGCCUUCGCGGAGGACCAGUCCAUUCCCGCGCCUUUCCGCGCCCGUCUCGCAGACUACUUCCGCUCCGGCUAUGAUCGUGGCCACCAGGUGCCCGCCGCAGACGCGAAAUGGUCGCAGGCUGCGAUGGACGGGACGUUCGGGCUGUCGAACAUGUGUCCGCAGGUCGGGGAGGGGUUUAAUCGGGACUACUGGGCGCAUUUCGAGGGAUUUUGUCGUGAGUUGGCGAAGAAGUAUCCUUCUGUGAGGAUUGUGACGGGGCCGUUGUAUCUCCCGCGUAAGGAUGCGGAUGGGAAGUGGAGGGUGAAUUAUGAGGUUAUUGGAAACCCGCCUAAUGUUGCUGUGCCGACGCACUUUUACAAGGUUAUUUACGGGGAGGAUGGGACGAAUAGCCCGUCUAGCAAGGUUGCGCUGGGUGCGUUUGUGUUGCCUAAUGCAAGGAUUCCGAAUGAUAGGCGGUUGGCGGAUUUUGAGGUUCCUCUUGAGAUUGUUGAGCGGGCGAGCGGUCUUGAAUUUGCGUCCAAGUUGGAGGCGAACCGUCGCAAGAGUCUGUGUCAGGAGGUCAAGUGUGAGGCUGUUGUGCGCGAGUUCAACAAUGCCUCUAAGCGGAAGUAAGCACUUGUACCAUUGACAUUUACUUUUCUUUUCUUCUGUCUAUUUUAUCGAUCUGGCGUUUUCUGGUCUCGCCGUCGUGCAUAUAGAAUGAUUAAUGCAUAUCAUGAUUCAUAUCAGUACGGAUUGUAUACUCGUCAAGUCCAAUCGAAUUCCAUAUUAAUGGGUCAAGAAUAUUCAGUAUAACAGACAUGCACCGGGGGUAUUUAUUCCUUUUCCAUCCCACUCAUUCAUCAGUCGUGAAACAAAGCGCAACAAAAAAAAAAAAAUAAAAAUAAAAAA